AUGGCUUCUCAACAACCAGGAGACCAACAUCCACAAUCUCAGUAUGUCCCAGUACCUACUGAUCCCAUGCACCAACAGCAGCAACAACAGCAAGUUCAAAACACCUUAUCAUCCGUUCCCUCUGCUCCUACUGCGUCUACUGGCAAUUAUCCAGCUUUCGACUUGGGCAAAUUUUGGACAGAGCAAAUGCAGUUGGCUGAUAUGUUUGAGUCUGAUUUCAAGAAUCACCCCUUGCCUUUGGCUAGAAUCAAGAAGGUCAUGAAGACUGAUCAAGAAGUCAAGAUGAUUAGUGCUGAAGCUCCUGUCUUGUUUGCUAAAGGUUGCGAGAUUUUCAUUACUGAAUUAACAAAGCGUGCUUGGGUACAUGCUGAAGAAAACAAGAGACGUACCUUACAAAGAUCUGAUAUCGCUACGGCCAUCUCCAAGACUGAUAUGUGUGAUUUCUUGAUUGAUAUUGUUCCAAGAGAAGAGGCAAUAAAGACUCAAAGUGCCCCCUUUGAACAAGCACAACAACAAACCCAGCAGCCAGAAUAUGGCAGCUAUUACCCUGCUCAAGGUGGCGUCCCUCAAUAUGCUCCUCAACAGUCAAUGGAAGCCGCUGCUUAUGCAUCCUAUUCUCAAUUGACAGCCGAACAGAUGCAACAAUACCAACUCCAACUUCAACAAUACGCUGCACAACAGCAACAACAACAACAACAACUUGCUUAUCCUCACGGUGCCGAAUCAUCAACAGCUGCUCAGCAACCAAGUGCUAAUAGCAAUCCUACUACUAAAGCUGAAUAA